GGCGGGAGGGUUCCGUGUCCCGCGUUGCUGCGGAGAGCGGGCCGCUGCAUCUCGCUCGGUGCACUUCUUGUCGGUCGGGGGGCAGGGAGAGCGAGGGCGUGGCGUUGUGGUUAGGCCCCCGGCGGCGGCCGGUACUGUCUGCACGCGUGGUCCGCGCCAGCGUCGCUGGAUGCCGUCCCCAGAGAAAAAGGAGUUGGGAUAUAAAGUACCCAUUGUUUCCAGGAGAGAGGCCACAGCAGGUUAGAAGGGCAGAUCUCAGGACAGAAGGGGCAGCUGCCACCCUCUCUGAAGCAUGGCUCAGGUGUGGAGAAGGAUUUCAGGACACUUCUGGGACUUUGUCAUUCACAGCUGAAAAGAAGACUGUUACAGAAAAGCACCUUGAAUUAUCCCCUAGGUCUAAGAAAGAAACUACCACAUCUAAGAGCACCAGUGGACUUACAGAUACAGCAUGGAGUUCCAGUGGAAAUGAUUUGUCAGAUGAGGAUAAGACACUUUCUGAACCACAGAGAGAUAAUGAACAUGGCUCCAGAAUAGGCAGGUUUUAUAACAGGAAUAUUUUAUGUCCUGAAGAUGGGGCCAGUGAAGAUGAAUUACAGUUUAUUGACUGGGAGUUCGACAGUGACAGGGAAGAUGCUAGUGCCUGUAAUGAAUGUGAAGAUGGAGAGGGUGCUGUGGACAUCUCAGACUGUGCUUCGUAUGCAAGCAGUCAUUCUUGGACAAGUGAUGAGAAGCUGUCUGAACUUCCCAAGCCAAGUUCUACAGAAAUUUUGGAGUAUUCAUCAGAUAGUGAAAAAGAAGAUGAGUCAGAGAAUAUCCUAUUUAUUGAUUCAGAAUCCCCUCACAAAUACCACAUGGAGUUUGGGUCAAAUGCAACACGAGUUACAGAGAAACUCGGAGACUCAAGGGCAAGCUCAGCAAAGACUGUUUUGUGUUCACCCCAAAAACAGACAACUAAGUUUUCCAGGACUCCAGAAAAUUCAGCAAAGAAGAAGCUUUUAAGAGGCGGGCUAGCAGAAAGACUAAAUGGACUGCAGAAUCGAGAGAGAUCUGCCAUCUCUUUGUGGAGACAUCAGUGUGUUUCUUACCAAAAGACACUUUCAGGAAAGGAAUUUCAUAAUUGCUUUCAAGAGAAGAUGAGACACUGGCAUCAGUGCAUAAUUUCCCAAGGUAGAAAAUCUGGUGUAUUAACUGUGAGAAUUCUAGAGCUACACGAGGAAUGCACCAUGCACAUUGCCAUGUGUGAGCAGUUAGCAGGGCCAUUAGCUGCUGGCCCUUCCGGAGAUGUGGCCCCCACACCUGCAGCCCAUCUGAGAGUUCUCUUCACCAAGGAGACUGCAGGCUACCUCAGGGGGCAUCCCCAGGACAUUGUUCACAUCUUCCCUCCCUGGCAAAAGCUUAUUAUCCCAGAUGGAAGUUGCCCUAUUAUUCUGAAUACUUACUUUUGUCAGAAGAUUGUUGCCAAAGGAGAUUCAGAAACAACUCAUGAAGUAUACUGUCAGGAUGCACCUCCUCCAAGAAGAAGCAUCUCGUUGGCCCAGAUGUUUAGAAUUCAGAAUCUAACAAAUAAGUCACCUGAUAGCCAGGUUAUAUGUAAUGGUGUGGCCACCACAGGGACAGAGCAGACCCAUGAGUCUAUCCAAGCCAGUGUUCCCCUGAGAGACUUUCUCCUGGACAUGGUGGAAAGCCAGGGAGCCCAGGUCCAAGUGGUGGUGCAGAAGAUGCGCUCCCUCCCUGGCAGGGACAGCGCCAGAAGCCAAAAGGGGGACAGCUUGGGACACACAGAGCCACCCAGAGCUCGAGUCUGCCUUCUGGUGCAAGACACCUAUGGAAUGUUUGGUGAAGUACACCUAGAGGCCGCCCUCUUGAAGGGAAGACAGUUGGAAGGGAAGUCCUGCAGCCUGGAGGGAGUGAAGAUCCUACGGCAUGCGGCCAGAGGAAGGCAAGGAAAUACAGCAGGGCUUUUCAGUUUGAUUGACUCCCUGUGGCCCCCAGCCAUACCGCUGAAAGCACCUGCCACAGCCAGUCUUAUGAAGAGGUUAACCGCGUGCCAGGGCCGGGGGCCAACCACCUUUACCGCAUCCUGCACAGGCCUCGUCCCCACAGAGGCAGCAAGCAGCCCUGUCCCUUUGUGGUGACCUGUCAUAUAAGCUGGGAUGGGGAUUUAGACCCACCUGCUCUA